AGGUAGCUGGCAGCUUCAAACACCAAACUAGCUAGCUUCAAUAUCUCGAUCAACUUACUCCCCUAUCAAUCAUUCCAUCUUUUCCCGGCUAUACUAUAUCGUCUGCCUAUAUAUAUACCCAUCUAAUUAUUAGUCUUCGCAAAAGACUCAAACCAAUAAACGUUGACCACAUUAUACUAUAAUGAUGGUGAAGAUGAUGAGAUGCAAAAGUGUAGACGACUCUCAUCAGAAUGUUGUUAAGGAUGAAGUCGACAAGUCUUUCAGAAUCAAACAUGAAGAUAUCAGCUUCUUCUCCAGGCUCCUUUCCCGCCAAGAAACAGCUAAAAACAAUAACACCCAGCAUUCCUUCAGAAUCUACUACGCCGAGGAUGUUUCCGUUCCUUUUGUCUGGGAAUCUCAGCCCGGAACUCCCAUACACAGAUUCGCCGACGCCGGCAGGGACGCCUCCCUCCGCCCUCCUCUCACUCCUCCGCCGUCAUUCUUCAUCAACGGCAAGAACCCACCCAAGAAGAAGAAAAAUCUGCUCAGGGCUUUGCUUGUUAAGGUCAGUCUCAAGAGUACUAGAUCUAGAGCCAAACCAUCACCGCCGGCCGCCUCCUCCACGCCGUCAUUGCCGUCUCCUUCGUUUUCUAUCUCGCCGUCUUUCUCUUCUUGUUCUUCAUCUUCCCACUCGUCGUCGUCGUCUUCGGCUUUCGGUACUCCUCUUUCGAGAUUCUACGGCGGCCGGAGAAAGAGGCUGGCUUCCUCGGGCUCAUCCGGCUACUCUUUCGGAAAGGGCAUUAUUGAAGAGGUUUCCGGCGGUGAAAAAUCAUCGGCGUCGCCGGCGUGUUGCGGGUUGACCCACCGGAGCAGGAGGACCCUUAGCAUGCAUUAAGUAACAUCUCCAUUAUGGUAAGUCACAACAUCAAUUAAUAUACUUUGGCUUUCCACGUGGACCAAGCUAAGCUAAUAAAAACUUUGGUUAUUUUUCGCAUUGUAUGAAUCAAUAAUGUAAAUGUGCUUGUUUGUGUUUCGAUGGUUAGCUUAGUUAUUCCAUCUCCAUAAUUGUGCAUUUGUUGCAUACUUGCAUGCAUUGAGCUACCGAUCGACAAAAUUAAUGUUAGAGAACAAUAUUGUAUGGAAUAUGAAGAUAAUUAAAUGAUGACAAUAAUAAUUAUAAUAUACACGUAUGAUGAGAAUUAAGUAUAAAAGAUUGCAACAUUAAUUGUUGUUUACUUUGUUUUCAGUUUUUACUCAAUAAAAAAAAUCAAAUAAUACGUAUAAAUUACGUGUCUUACAACAUGUAAUUCUAAUUUAAUGAGCAUGUACUCCGUACUAUAUAUGAAACAUGUUGUGACACGUUACCGUAAAUAAGUACAUUAUGCUAAUACAAAUGAAUUACCAUAUAAAUGAAUUACUUUCACAUGGACUAACAAUCUCAUUGGUAAAGAUGUCAUAUGCUUACAAAAAUUAUAAGCGUACAUAUGCACUUGCUUUGAUUUUAGCCUCUCUAAAAAAGAAUACUACGGUACAUAAUAAAAGUUUACCCUCUAAAAAUAGGAUACUCCGUAUUUCAUAUUAGACUCUUCCUAUUUUUUGGUUUUGUUUUGCAUCUACUUGUAUGUAAUACUCCAUUAUACUGUAAAACUGUUUCGUAUUUAGUUCAUGCCCUAAUGUAUAAUAAUGCACUCUUAAUUGGAGUAUGCCCUAAAGUAAAACUACUCAUUCAAGUUUUCAGUAUGAGAAAAUUGCCCAAUUAGGAAUGUAAAAAUAAAACUAGAUGUUUAAAUUCUCCAAUUAAAUAAGAGUAAAACAUGGUAGUACGAGUAAAUCAUUGAGUGGACAAGAAUGCCCUUUUACGUACAUGAAGCUAAUAAGGACAAUCAUUGCCAGGCAGCCGCUGCCAAUCACUACGUGGCUAAUUUCUAAGUGACCAUAGAAAUCAUGACAACCAUAAUUAAACGCUAACAGGACUGGUAAACCUUGAACUCGAACCGGCCCUAAAACGUAAGAGGUAAAAAACGAGGGAGUAAUUAAUUACAACUCCUAUUUUAAGAAUUUAAGACACAUCCGGUACUAUUCAUACACUUUUACAAUGUUAUACCACUACAAAAAAGGGAAAGUUCCCGAAAUGGGACUAAAAAAGUUUGAAAAUUCCAAAAUAGGACUGUCAUGUUUUUAUUCCCAAAAUAGGACUAAUUACUGCCAAAUUUGGAAAAUACUGCCAUGUUUGAAGUCUGGUACUGUCAAAACAUGACAGUAAUUAGUCCUGUUUCGGGAAUAAAAACAUGGAAGUCCUAUUUUGGAAUUUCCAAACUUUUUUAGUCCCAUUUUGGGUAAUAUCUCCUACAAAAAAUGAUGGAAUUGGCACGGAUUUACUGAAAAUUUUGUGACAAAUAGCUCAUGCCAAACUAUUUUUGACACUGAUUUGACAUAUUCCUGCCAAAAUUCCUGCCAAUUUUGGAAAAUCCCUACCAAAAACUCUUAAGAUAGGUCUCAAUUGUUCUAUAACAACAACAAUAACAACAUUAUCCCAAUGUCGUCAACACUCCCACCUAUCUAACUAGCCUUACCCGAUCUGGAGAUUGUUUUCGCAUAUGUCUCAAUUGUUUUCACGAAAUAAAAUUUAAAUAUUAUUUUUUGAACGAGUUGAAAAAAUGAAAUCAUUCCCAAAGACAAGAUUUAGCAACAGUAAAAGUUCAUGCAUUUAAAACAAACACGGAGUAAUAUUUUGCAGGCUCUAAAAGAACUAUAUUUUGCGAGACCGCACACACCUUUAAGCCUAUUAUUCUAUACUCGUAUAUUAGAUUUACAAGGAAAUUAUUUAUUACGGACUAUGACAGUUUUUUAUUUAUAAUACAAUUUUGUUUUUUGUUUUUUUUGAAGAAAAUACAAUACAAUUUUGUUAUGCUCAAAUAAAUUGGUAUUGAAUUGACAUAAAAAAAUGAAAGAAGUUAAAUGCUUUUAGAUUGGGAUCAUGGUAAUAUUAUUGGGUGCUGUGCAACUGUGCACCAUGGUGGGUAAAACGCAUGGUGGUGUUCAGUGUUCUGGUAACAUUUAAUUACUAUUAUAAAAUUUAUGUUACGGAGUAAUAGUUUUUAAAUAUUUGUGAUAUAAAUGAUGUGAACAGAUCGAUAAGUAUAUGGGACCAACAUAGUGACCAGUCCUUGUAAUGUUCUUUAAUUUUGUGAAUAAAAUGGAAUUUCAUAAUAGUUUCAACAUUGCAUACUCCUACGAAGUAGCUAGCUAGCAUUUAUAACUUACUGGACCUACACAAUUUGUGCUUUCAUUGGAUUGAAGGGCCCAAGUCUAUACUCUCUUUUUCUCAACUGCCUUAUUGAAGGGCCCAAGUCUAUACUCUCUUUUUCUCAACUGCCUUUUAUGAUAGGUGACAACUCCAGUACCCUUUUAAAAAUUGGGGUACCGUACCUAUCAUUCAUUUGAUUGGUCCAAAUCAUUAUAUUCUUUUUAAUUUAGAUUUAAUUAAUUCAACUGCAUCGUUCCUAUUGGUCCAUGUGGACAAAGGUAUGGUACCUUAAGGGUACCAUAGAUUCUACCUUUAUGAUAACCAAAAUGAUGGAGUUUAUUUUAUUUAUGAGGUAAGGGUCAGAUUAGUACUCGAAGUUGCAUAAAAAGGGUCAAAUAAGUUCUUAUAUAGGAGGUUAUGUCUGGCCGUCGCCAUUUGGGGCGAAUCCCGGCGAAAUUUUUUGACGAAAUUUUUUGAGCAUCUUAUUCAUUAAGUCUAGUUUACUCAUAGCGAAUUUCAGCAAAAAAUUCAACCGAGAAGGCAUUCAAAUGAAUUCUUGAAGAUAAUUGCACAGUUAAAAACACAGUUAUCUUCAAGAAAUUAUUUGAAUGUCUUCCCGAUUGAAGUUUUAGUUGACAUUUGGUAUGAGUAAACUAAACUUCAUGAAUAAGAUGCUCAAAAUAUUUCGUCAAAAAAUUCCACCGGGAAGCGUCUCAAAUGGCGAUGACCGGACAGUAAGGACUUAUUUGACCCUUUUUAUGCAACUUCGAGUACCAAUCUGACCUUUACCUCUUUUAUUUAUUCAUAAAUUUUAUUUUAAUAAUAGCUAGUAUAGUCUGUAUAGAUAACCCCAUGCAUAUGUGUGUCAAUGUCUUUUCAAAUCUGUAUCAAGGAAUUUUCAAAUUACUCUGUUUUGGACAUACAUAGAAAUUGGUUUAUAUAAAACGUAACUAAAG